AUGAAGCUAGACGUCAAGCGCCAGCUCUACGCUCGCAGUGAGCGAGUUAAGGGCAUUGACUUUCACCCUCACGAGCCAUGGAUUCUCACAACCCUCUACAGCGGCCACGUCUACAUCUGGUCCCACGAAACCCAACAGAUCGUCAAGACGUUUGAGCUCACCGAUGUCCCCGUUCGCGCCGGUCGAUUCAUCGCCAGGAAAAACUGGAUUGUCUGCGGUUCCGAUGAUUUCCAACUACGAGUCUACAAUUACAACACCUCCGAGAAGAUCACCUCCUUCGAGGCGCACCCCGACUACAUUCGAGCCAUCGCCGUUCACCCCACACAGCCGUUCGUCUUGACUGCCUCAGAUGACAUGACUAUCAAGCUUUGGGAUUGGGAGAAGGGUUGGAAGUGUGUGCAGGUCUUUGAGGGCCAUGGUCACUAUGUCAUGGGUCUGGCCAUCAACCCCAAGGAUACAAACACCUUUGCUUCGGCUUGUCUUGAUCGAACUGUCAAGAUCUGGAGUCUUGGUUCUUCUACUCCCAACUUCACCCUCGAAGCACAUGAGACCAAGGGUGUCAACCACGUCGAUUACUACCCUCACUCCGACAAGCCCUACCUCCUCACCACAUCUGACGACCGAACUGUCAAGAUUUGGGAUUACACUACAAAGUCCCUGAUCGCUACUCUCGAAGGCCACACCAACAACGUUUCGUUUGCCUGCUAUCACCCCGAAUUGCCCGUCAUCAUUUCCGGUUCCGAGGACGGUACGAUAAGAAUAUGGCACGCCAACACCUACCGAUUCGAGCAAUCCCUCAACUACAGUCUAGAGCGAGCUUGGUGUGUCUCGUAUCAAAAGGGCAAGCAGGGUGUCGCUGUUGGUUUCGAUGAUGGUGCUGUUGUCGUCAAGCUUGGUCGCGAGGAGCCCGCUGUUUCCAUGGAUGCAUCCGGCAAGCUCAUCUGGGCUCGACACAACGAGGUUGUCUCUUCAAUCAUCAAGGGAGGAGAUGCCUCUAUCAAGGACAACGAGCCAAUCUCCCUCCCCACCAAGGAUCUCGGUACCUGCGAAGUCUACCCCCAAACGCUUAUCCACUCCCCCAACGGUCGAUUCGUCGCUGUCUGCGGUGAUGGCGAAUACAUCAUCUACACUGCCCUCGCCUGGCGAAACAAGGCUUUCGGUUCAGCACUCGACUUUGUCUGGGCCUCCAAGGACAACAGCAAUGACUUUGCCAUCCGAGAGUCAGCCAUGAGCGUCAAGAUCUUUAAGAACUUUCAAGAGAAGACCGGCGGUCUCGAUGUUGGUUUCCAGGCUGAGAGACUCCAUGGCGGUGUUCUUCUCGGUGUCACAGGUCAAGGUGGUGUCUCCUUCUUUGACUGGGCUACCGGUGGUCUCGUUCGAAGAAUUGAGGUUGAGCCCAAGCAGGUCUAUUGGUCUGAUAGCGGCGAGUUGGUGGCAAUUGCUUGUGAGGAUACCUUUUACGUUCUUCGAUUCUCUCGCGAGAACUACGUCGAGGCUGUCCAGUCUGGAGAUGUUGAGGAGGAUGGUGUCGAGGCUGCCUUUGAGGUCAUCACUGACAUCAGCGAGUCUGUCCGAACUGGCGAAUGGAUCGGCGACUGCUUCAUCUACACCAACAGCACCAACCGACUCAACUACCUUGUUGGCGACCAGACCUACACUGUCUCCCACUUCGACAAGCCCCAGUACAUCCUGGGCUACAUUCAGCGCGAUUCUCGAAUUUACCUUGCCGACAAGGAUGUCAACGUCACUUCCUUCGGCCUGUCUCUUCCCGUUCUCGAGUACCAGACUCUUGUCCUCCGAGAUGAUAUGGAGACAGCUGCUGAGCUGCUACCAACAAUUCCCCACGACCAACUCAACAAGAUUGCGCGAUUCUUGGAAGGCCAAGGCCAUAAGGAGCUUGCCUUGGAGGUUGCGACAGAUCCUGAGCACAAGUUUGAGCUUGCACUGGCAUUGAAUGAGCUCGCUAUCGCUUUGGACCUUGCUCGUGAGGCUGAUGCCGACCACAAGUGGAAGACUGUUGGUGACGCUGCUCUAUCAGCUUGGGAUGUCGCCCUUGCUGCUGAGUGCUUCACUCACGCCAAAGAUCUAGGAUCCCUCUUGCUUCUCCACUCAUCAACAGGCGACCGCGAUGGUCUCGCUGCCCUCGCCGCUCAAGCACAAGAAGCCGGCUCUCACAACGUCGCCUUCUCAUGCCAAUGGCUCCUCGGCAACAUCGAAGCCUGCACAAAGAUCCUCACCGAGACAGGCCGCCUCGCCGAAGCCGUCCUCUUCUCCCAGACCUACCAGCCCAGCCUGACUGUACCGGUAGUACACGAGUGGAAGGAGAACCUGGAGAAGAACAAGAAGGGCAGGGUAGCCAAGCUGAUCGGUGUUCCCGGCGAGGACGACGAGCUCUUCCCUGAGUGGGAUGAGUGGCUCAAGCUUGAGAAGGAGGGCGGUGUGAAAGUGGCGGAGCCCGUUAAUGGACAGAAGGCUGAGAGCGAGCCGGAAGCUGAGGAGGAGGAGAGUGAGGAGGACGAGGAAUAA